AUGAAGAUAAGGAUACUCAUUCUUACAGCUUUGUUGUGUUCAACCCUCCAGGGUUAUUUACAGCGAGUACAGGGUGAGAUUACACCUGUUUCCGUAUCUUUCUCAAAUCAGGCUAACGCAGAUAAUGCCAUAGACAGGGAAAUACUCACUGAAACUGUUGUUCGCGGAUCUGACUCCUGGUUUAAAGCUACAACCUGGAUAAACUACGCAACAAGUACUCAUGCUCACGAAAUCCUCAUCUCUGACGCUGGAGGGUGGAACUUCAUUCACAACAGCGGUGGCAGUGUGUCUGUUUCAGUGCCGCUAAACACAUGGACCCACCAAUGCCAGAGCUGGUCCACAAGCUCUGCAACACUAAAGGUAUACUACAACGGAACUCUGGUAUGGUCUUACAGAGUUGACAAUACUUCUCCAUUAGAAGAGGGCGGCUACAUUCUCCUGGGACAAUACAGUGGGUGGAGUGGCAGCUCAGAUGGAUCAGACGUAUUCGGAGGACAGCUGAUGAAGUUGAAUAUAUUUGGAAAGGAACUAAGCGGGACAGAAGUUGCAGAGCUGUAUCAAGGUGGCAGAUGUUCUGAAGUGGAAAAGAAGUUCGAUAAUGUCAGAUUCAUUACCUGGGAAAGUAUUCUAAGUCAGUACAGAACUGGUAAUGUGAUCGAGUUGCUGUUAACGGAGGCUGGAGCUCGUUCUCAUCUUGGUCGUCCUGCUCAACAUCUUGUGGAACAGGAACGCAAACAAGAAGUAGAACUUGUACUAACCCUACUCCGGCUCAUGGAGGAAGCAGUUGUUCUGGAUCAUCUGCUGAGAGCCAAAACUGCAACACUCACGAUUGUCCAGAGGAAGCUAGAUGGUGUGAAAUGGACCACCUCUAACAACUUAGCUAUCGUCUCUGGCCAGGAUGGCUAUACCUUUGAUGAAGGUGGCUUUGAUGGCAGUUCUCAAACUACAGUAUUGACGGUUCCUGGUGCUCAAAGCAUGCUUGAUUCAACUUACAACUGUGUAAUCACAUUCGCUGAACAAGAUCAAGAAGAUAUGACCUUGGUCGUCAAUUCGAAAACAUUUACGGUCAGUUCGGAGGCCAAGUUGGUGACAACAGCUGUAGAUCAGACGCUGACCUGUACUAUCGGAGAACUAGACGUAGGUGGAACCCCUGUUAAUGUGGUCUGGAAGAAUCCUGAUGGUUUGACAGUUUCAGUCUCGGAUACCACCAACUAUCUUGUCAGCCAAGGAACUGUUAAUAGUGCUGGCAUCCAGUUGGCAGAACUAACCAUCAAGGCUGCCAAGCUACCUGCAUUUGUUGAUCAGCCAACCUUCACGUACAAGUGCUCGGUUUCUUCAUCACAGUACACAGAAUCACCUGCAUCUACAGCUGUAGAUGUUGUAGCAAACAUUCUGAAAAUGGAGGUGAACGCUGUGAACAAAGAACAGCUAACAGGCACGAUUGCAAGGAUAUCGUGUACUGUUACGGGUUUGACAGAGGAGCUUAGUGUCACAAAAUGGACCACUUCUGAGGAUGUUGAUGUGACGAGUCUAGAAGGCUACACCGUUCUUCCGGGAUCGUUGGAAGUAGAUACUCAAACUACCACUCUGACUAUUCCUGCUGAUAAGAACAACAAUGAUGCAACUUACUGGUGUGUUAUCACUUCCACUGAACAUGGUUUAACAGAUCAGAAAACUGAAGUCAGUUCCAAAGUCUUUACUGUCACCUCAACACCCAAGUCUAUAACGACCGCUGUAGAUCAGACGUUGACUUGCAAUAUCGGAGGUCUAGACAAUAGUGGAUCCCCUGCUACUGUAACUUGGAAGGAUAGUGCUGGACAAGAAGUUGUAAGAACGGAUACCACAAACUAUGGUUGGACCCAAGGGACGGUAGAUAGCAGCGGAAAUCAGGCAGCAGAACUGACUAUCAAAACUGCAAAGCUGGAUGGUUUUAGUAGUCCAUCAUCAGUCACCUACAAGUGCUCAGUCAAAUCUUCCCAAUACACAGAUUCUCCUGCAUCUGACUACGUAGAUGUUGUAGCUAAUAUUCUAAAAUUGGAGGUAAAUGCUGUGAACAAAGAACAGCUAACAGGCACGAUUGCAAGGAUAUCGUGUACUGUUACGGGUUUAACAGAGGAGCUUGGUGUCACAAAAUGGACCACUUCUGAGGAUGUUGAUGUGACGAGUCUAGAAGGCUACACCGUUGUUCCGGGAUCGUUGGAAGUAGAUACUCAAACUACCACUCUGACUAUUCCUGCUGAUAACAACAACAAUGAUGCAACUUACUGGUGUGUUAUCACUUCCACUGAACAUGGUUUAACAGAUCAGAAAACUGAAGUCAGUUCCAAAGUCUUUACUGUCACCUCAACACCCAAGUCUAUAACGACCGCUGUAGAUCAGACGUUGACUUGCAAUAUCGGAGGUCUAGACAAUAGUGGAUCCCCUGCUACUGUAACUUGGAAGGAUAGUGCUGGACAAAAAGUUAUAAGACCGGAUACCACCAACUAUGGUUGGAACCAAGGGACGGUAGAUAGCAGCGGAAAUCAGGCAGCAGAACUGACUAUCAAAACUGCAAAGCUGGAUGGUUUUAGUAGUCCAUCAUCAGUCACCUACAAGUGCUCAGUCAAAUCUUCCCAAUACACAGAUUCUCCUGCAUCUGACUACGUAGAAGUUGUAGCUAACAUUCUAAAAUUGGAGGUAAAUGCUGUGAACAAAGAACAGCUAACAGGCACGAUUGCAAGGAUAUCGUGUACUGUUACGGGUUUGACAGAGGAGCUUGGUGUUACAAAAUGGACCACUUCUGAGGAUGUUGAUGUGACGAGUCUAGAAGGCUACACCGUUGUUCCGGGAUCGUUGGAAGUAGAUACUCAAACUACCACUCUGACUAUUCCUGCUGAUAACAACAACAAUGAUGCAACUUACUGGUGUGUUAUCACUUCCACUGAACAUGGUUUAGCAGAUCAGAAAACUGAAGUCAGUUCCAAAGUCUUUACUGUCACCUCAACACCCAAGUCUAUAACGACCGCUGUAGAUCAGACGUUGACUUGCAAUAUCGGAGGUCUAGACAAUAGUGGAUCCCCUGCUACUGUAACUUGGAAGGAUAGUGCUGGACAAGAAGUUAUAAGAACGGAUACCACCAACUAUGGUUGGAACCAAGGGACGGUAGAUAGCAGCGGAAAUCAGGCAGCAGAACUGACUAUCAAAACUGCAAAGCUGGAUGGUUUUAGUAGUCCAUCAUCAGUCACCUACAAGUGCUCAGUCAAAUCUUCCCAAUACACAGAUUCUCCUGCAUCUGACUACGUAGAAGUUGUAGCUAACAUUCUAAAAUUGGAGGUAAAUGCUGUGAACAAAGAACAGCUAACAGGCACGAUUGCAAGGAUAUCGUGUACUGUUACGGGUUUGACAGAGGAGCUUGGUGUUACAAAAUGGACCACUUCUGAGGAUGUUGAUGUGACGAGUCUAGAAGGCUACACCGUUGUUCCGGGAUCGUUGGAAGUAGAUACUCAAACUACCACUCUGACUAUUCCUGCUGAUAAGAACAACAAUGAUGCAACUUACUGGUGUGUUAUCAUUUCCACUGAACAUGGUUUAACAGAUCAGAAAACUGAAGUCAGUUCCAAAGUCUUUACUGUCACCUCAACACCCAAGUCUAUAACGACCGCUGUAGAUCAGACGUUGACUUGCAAUAUCGGAGGUCUAGACAAUAGUGGAUCCCCUGCUACUGUAACUUGGAAGGAUAGUGCUGGACAAGAAGUUGUAAGACCGGAUACCACCAACUAUGGUUGGAACCAAGGGACGGUAGAUAGCAGCGGAAAUCAGGCAGCAGAACUGACUAUCAAAACUGCAAAGCUGCAUGGUUUUAGUAGUCCAUCAUCAGUCACCUACAAGUGCUCAGUCAAAUCUUCCCAAUACACAGAUUCUCCUGCAUCUGACUACGUAGAAGUUGUAGCUAAUAUUCUAAAAUUGGAGGUAAAUGCUGUGAACAAAGAACAGCUAACAGGCACGAUUGCAAGGAUAUCGUGUACUGUUACGGGUUUGACAGAGGAGCUUGGUGUCACAAAAUGGACCACUUCUGAGGAUGUUGAUGUGACGAGUCUAGAAGGCUACACCGUUGUUCCGGGAUGGUUGGAAGUAGAUACUCAAACUACCACUCUGACUAUUCCUGCUGAUAACAACAACAAUGAUGCAACUUACUGGUGUGUUAUCACUUCCACUGAACAUGGUUUAACAGAUCAGAAAACUGAAGUCAGUUCCAAAGUCUUUACUGUCACCUCAACACCCAAGUCUAUGACGACCGCUGUAUAUCAGACGUUGACUUGCAAUAUCGGAGGUCUAGACAAUAGUGGAUCCCCUGCUACUGUAACUUGGAAGGAUAGUGCUGGACAAAAAGUUAUAAGACCGGAUACCACCAACUAUGGUUGGAACCAAGGGACGGUAGAUAGCAGCGGAAAUCAGGCAGCAGAACUGACUAUCAAAACUGCAAAGCUGCAUGGUUUUAGUAGUCCAUCAUCAGUCACCUACAAGUGCUCAGUCAAAUCUUCCCAAUACACAGAUUCUCCUGCAUCUGACUACGUAGAAGUUGUAGCUAACAUUCUAAAAUUGGAGGUAAAUGCUGUGAACAAAGAACAGCUAACAGGCACGAUUGCAAGGAUAUCGUGUACUGUUACGGGUUUGAUAGAGGAGCUUGGUGUCACAAAAUGGACCACUUCUGAGGAUGUUGAUGUGACGAGUCUAGAAGGCUACACCGUUGUUCCGGGAUUGUUGGAAGUAGAUACUCAAACUACCACUCUGACUAUUCCUGCUGAUAAGAACAACAAUGAUGCAACUUACUGGUGUGUUAUCACUUCCACUGAACAUGGUUUAACAGAUCAGAAAACUGAAGUCAGUUCCAAAGUCUUUACUGUCACCUCAACACCCAAGUCUAUAACGACCGCUGUAGAUCAGACGUUGACUUGCAAUAUCGGAGGUCUAGACAAUAGUGGAUCCCCUGCUACUGUAACUUGGAAGGAUAGUGCUGGACAAGAAGUUGUAAGACCGGAUACCACCAACUAUGGGUGGAACCAAGGGACGGUAGAUAGCAGCGGAAAUCAGGCAGCAGAACUGACUAUCAAAACUGCAAAGCUGCAUGGUUUUAGUAGUCCAUCAUCAGUCACCUACAAGUGCUCAGUCAAAUCUUCCCAAUACACAGAUUCUCCUGCAUCUGAAUACGUAGAUGUUGUAGCUAACAUUCUAAAAUUGGAGGUAAAUGCUGUGAACAAAGAACAGCUAACAGGCACGAUUGCAAGGAUAUCGUGUACUGUUACGGGUUUGACAGAGGAGCUUGGUGUCACAAAAUGGACCACUUCUGAGGAUAUUGAUGUGACGAGUCUAGAAGGCUACACCGUUGUUCCGGCAUCGUUGGAAGUAGAUACUCAAACUACCACUCUGACUAUUCCUGCUGAUAAGAACAAUAAUGAUGCAACUUACUGGUGUGUUAUCACUUCCACUGAACAUGGUUUAACAGAUCAGAAAACUGAAGUCAGUUCCAAAGUCUUUACUGUCACCUCAACACCCAAGUCUAUAACGACCGCUGUAGAUCAGACGUUGACUUGCAAUAUCGGAGAACUAGACGUAGGUGGAACCCCUGUUAAUGUGGUCUGGAAGGAUCCUGGUGGAACGCCAGUUUCAAUCUCGGACACCACCAACUACGUUGUCAGCCAAGGAACUGUUGAUGCUGAUGGUAUCCAGUUGGCAGAACUCAACAUCAAGACUGCCAAACUGGCUGAUUUUGCUGCUGAAUCAUCCUUCACGUGUCGAUACGGUCAACACGAUACAACUAUUCGGUACAAAGGCGACGAUCUCUUGUACUGUAACUGGUCUGACGAAGGAGCUAGACUCGAUUCAAUGGACUACUUCUAG